AUGAGGAGGGCUGCUGAAGAAGUGAAGCUGUCAAAGCAGCCAGGUAAUGACGGCUUUGUUGAAUGUGGAGUGUCAGUCGAUGGAACCUGGCAAAAACGAGGAUAUUCAUCACUAAAUGGUUGUGUUACAGCGCUGUCAAUUGAAACAGGAAAAGUACUUGACUUGGAAGUUAUGUCGUCCUUCUGUAAUACAUGCCGCAAGCUUGAAAGGCUUCCAGAGGACACCGAAGAGCGCCUUGAACUAGAACCUCAUCAGUGCUCAUCAAACUAUAAAGGUUCUGCUCCAAACAUGGAGCCUGUAGGAGCAUACCGAAUUUUUGAAAGAGCUCCCAGCAGGCACGGUAUACGCUACAUGGACUACUAUGGUGACGGCGAUUCGAAAAGCUUUCUUCGGGUGGAAGACAUAUACGAAGGGAAGGAGGUAAGAAAGUUGGAGUGCAUUGGGCAUGUGCAGAAGAGAGUUGGAUGCAGACUCCGCAAAUUGAAGAAAGUCGUGAAAGGACUGGGGGGGAAAGGCAAACUGACUGACAUGUUCAUUGAUCGUCUCCAAAACUAUUAUGGCAUAGCGAUAAGGAGUAAUGUUGGAGAUUUUAAUGGAAUGCGGCAGGCAGUAAUUGCUGCAUUUUUCCACUGUGUCUCAAGAAGAGACAAACCACUUCAUGGACAGUGCCCACAAGGCAAGGACAGCUGGUGCAGCUAUCAGAAGUGUAAGGCAGAUGGGUGUCUUGAAAUGUACAAGCCAAAAGCAGGACUGCCAGAUGCAGUGAUAAAUAAGGUGAAGCCAGUAUAUAUGGAGCUCUGCGAAGAAAAACUUCUAAGAAAAUGUCUGCAUGGCAAAACCCAAAAUGCCAAUGAAAGUUUCAACGGUGUAUUGUGGCAGCGGCUUCCAAAGAGCAACUUCGUGGGGCUAAACACAUUCAUGAAUGGGGCAUCUGAUGCUGUGAUGCAGUUCAACGAAGGUUUCAUCGGCCUUCUGUGUGUGUUUAGGGGACUAGAUAUAGACCCAGGUUAUUACACGGUGCAGGGUUACACCAAGCUAGACAACGAGCGAGUCACAGAGGCGAGAAGGCUGUCAACACCUGCUGCAAACCGUCAAAGGAAAAUUCGCCGGGCCCAGAGAAAGAAGAAAAAUUGCACAAUGAAACUGAAGAAGGGUUGA